AUGGAGACACCAUCCGCAGCCAUUCGAUCUACAGGAUCAAACCAGGAUGGCCGUACUCCAGGCAUCACACAACCGAAUCGUGAUGCCCAGGAAGUUUUGAUCAACGAAACGUACGCAAAGGCUGGGCUGGACAUGCAGACUACAAGAUACGUCGAAGCGCAUGGUACCGGAACAGCAAUUGGUGACCCAAUUGAGGCCAGCGCAAUCGGGCUGGCAUUCAGAAAAUAUCCUAGCGCUGAAGAGCCAAUGUACAUCGGUGCUAUGAAAUCCAACAUAGGUCAUCUUGAAGGUGCAAGUGGAGUCGCCGGUGUCAUCAAGGCGAUCCUGAUUUUAGAAACCGGUGUUAUUCCCCCUAAUGUUAAUAUUGAACAUCUGAACCCGGAUAUUGAUGCGGAUUAUCUGAGGCUGAAGUUCCCUGUACACAGCACCCCUUGGCCAUGCAGAGGACUUCGCAGAGCUUCAAUAUCUUCGUUCGGAUUCGGGGGAUCCAACAGUCAUGCUAUCAAUGAUGAUGCGUACAGUUACUUACGUCUCAGCAAUCUUGCUGGAAACCAUUGGACAGUGCGUGGGCCUCCUACUCUUGAGUACUUGGAGCAGGGUCCGGAGCCUUCCAAGCUACUCUCACUUUCUGGAAACUUGUCCCAACAACCAGUGAAUGGAGAAGGUGAGGCUAUGAGGCCAAGAUUACUAAUUUGA